AUUAUAUUGCUACACUAAUUAUAGAAAAUCACAAUUUUUUUUAGAACAUGGUAAAACCAUGAUGAUCUUGCAAAAUGUUUAGAAUUAUGGAGCACAAAGGAAGUGAGCUACGUAGCUUUGUGCACUCGUGUCUUGAAUGACCAACCUACUUAUGCAAACUAUACAUAUAUACAUAUUGCAAAAAAACAAAACUUAACAUUUUCAAUGUUUUAAGUACCAAGAUCAGAAUAUGUGUAUUCCUAACCUGAUCAUACAUAUAUGAUGAAUGCGAUCACUAGGAUGAAUCUAAAAUUCUAAGCAACAAGGUUAAGUACCCUCAAAUUCCACGGAAGAAUUGCAGACAAAAAUGCCGGUGUAUUGUGUGACGGGAGGCACUGGGUUCAUAGCAGCCAACCUCGUCAAAUCGCUGCUCGAAAGGGGUCACACUGUACGUACCACAGUUCGGAAUCCAGAAAACGAAGAGAAGGUAGGAUUCUUAUGGGAAAUGAAGGGAGCCAAGGAAAGACUCAAAAUCAUGAAAGCUGAUUUGAUGGAGGAAGGAAGCUUUGAUGAAGCCAUCCAAGGAGUUGAUGGUGUCUUUCAUGCUGCUGCCCCUGUGCUCGUCCCAUACGACGAAAAUGUUUAUGCAAAUCUGUUUGAACCUAGUAUAAAAGGAACAUUGAAUGUUCUAAAAUCAUGCAUAAAGGCAACAACUGUUAAAAGGGUUGUAUUUACCUCUUCAUGUUCUGCAAUAAGAUACCAUCCAGACAUCCAGCAAAAUUCUGUUCUCAAUGAGUCACACUGGAGUGAUCCUGACUACUGCAAGAAAAAUGAACUUUGGUACCCGUGUGCGAAGACAUUAGCAGAGCAAUCAGCCUGGCAGAUUGCCAAGGAAAAUGGUCUGGAUUUGGUAGUGGUUAACGCAUCCUUCGUUGUCGGUCCAUUGCUUGGACCACAGCCCACCAGCACACUGUUACUGUUGCUGGGCAUUAUUAAAGGUGCAAUUGGUGAAUAUCCAAAUCAGGAAAUAGGGUUUGUGCACAUAGAUGAUGUAGUAGCCGCACACAUACUUGCCAUGGAAGAAAGCAAGGCAACCGGGAGACUGAUUUGUUCAGGGGCAGUGGCUCACUGGUCUCAGAUCAUAGCAAUGCUGAAAGCUAAAUAUCAAGAGUAUCCAUAUGAAACCAAGUGUGGAAGUCAGAAAGGAGACGAUAGGCCUCAUAGCAUGGAUACUACCAAAAUCCACCAGUUGGGAUUUCCUGCCUUCAAAACAAUUCCUCAAAUGUUUGAUGAUUGCAUCAAAAGUUUUCAAGAUAAGGGCUAUCUUUGAUGCUUAUUCAAACGCUCUGUGAUGUAGAGUCUGAUUUGAAUAAGGAAUAUUGUGCUCGAACUUUUGAAAAUACUAACAGUUUUAUAGUGUAAUAAGAUAGUAGUAAAAAAGGUAGACGCAUUGUUAUUCGAUUCUAGAACAUCUGAUACAAAAAACUCUUGAAUACAAAAUAAGAAAUAAUUAUAUGACAAUUGUAAAGGCACCUCAGCAGUGCACUGCAUAACCAAAAGAUCCAAAUUGAAACUUGUAGUUUCAAGGUACACAUACUAUGAAAUGACAUGAGCUUUUUUGCUCUUUUUCUACCCUCA